AUGAGGACCGUGUUUCUGCCCUGGGCAUUGGCAGCCCUCUUCCUCCUGGCCGACGUGGUGGUUUCAGAAGUCUCAGCACUGGACGGAGCAUUGCAACUUCAGAUUAUCAACUUUAAUUUCGAAACCGUGCAGGUCAUGUGGAAUGCCAGCAAGGACUCUGGGACAAAUUUGACUUUCCUCUAUAAGUUAAGCAGUGAUGAGGCCAGUAGCCAAUGCUCCAACUAUAUUCUUCAACAAAGUCACACUGCCGGAUGCCUCCUGAAGGCAAAAAAAGAUGAAAUUCUGUGCUUUUCCAUCUGGAAUGCAACACAUCUCCUUCUCACCAAGUGCCAGUGGAUCAGUGCUUACUUGAAACCCAGCUCCCCGAAAGACUUGAACUUCCAGUGGUAUCAGGAAGCCAUCACAGUGACCUGUUCUGAUCUCCCCUACAAGCGUCUCCUCUACGAAAUCCAGUACAAGAGUAUGUUCGACACUGAGUGGCAGUCCAAGGAGGGAGAAACCUGCAAUGUUACGAUAGAUGGCUUGGACGCUGAGAAAUGUUAUUUCUUCAGGGCCAGAGUGAAAACGAUGGAGUCCAGCUAUGGCCCUGACACAUACCCAAGUGACUGGUCAGAAGUGACACACCAGCAGAGGGGGAUGCUGAGAGAUUCGUGCCAGGAGAAAAAGCUUUUCCCCAAAUUUGUUUUAAUUUCUGGCAUGGUUGCUUUGCUGACCGUGUUCCUCCUUCUUCUGUCUUUAUGGAAAGUACGGAGAGUUCAGAAGCUCCUCAUGCCCAUGGUGCCUGAUCCCAAAUUCAGCUUCCCUGGGCUCUUUGAAUCCCACCAGGGUAACUUCCAGGAGUGGAUAAAGGACACCCAGAACGUGGCCCACUUGAGUAAGAUGGAGGGUGCAGAGCAAGAGUGUGUCCCAGAAGAGGCCCUAGUUGUCCACGUGGUCAAGAAUGAGGCUGAGAUGCCCAUCAUGACGACCAGCCCACUGUGCCCACAGACGGAGGAGGAAGAGGCCUCCGGGGACCCCAGCCAGCUCCCUUGCCAGCCCCUGCAAGGUGGUGAGGAGAUUUCUCUGGGGGGCUUUACGUUUGUGAUGAGUGACAACUCAUAUGUGAUGUUGUGAGGGCGCGCAAACUCAAAAGCCAGCAUUGAGAUCUAUGUUGAGCUAUGGUCUCAAGGAGGAGCAUCUAGGGGACUCAACACCAUGGUAAAGAGAACACAAACAUGGCCAGUGUCUGGAGAAGGAUAACUGAAGACUCCUGACGCCACACCAUUGCACCUGCUGGGUCAUCUCUCAUCGCUACUUGAGGGCUCAAAGGCAAAAUCACCGUAGAUGGGAUCCCGUGCAUUGGAGUGUUUCCUGCUUUGAGCUUGCAUCUCCUUGUGCCUGAUGUUUUCCCAUAACUCAUAAGGAAAGAUGACUGGGGUGCCCCAAAACCACCUUCAUCCGUGCAUCUCACCCACGUCCUGCCCUGACAUUUCCAUUCCUGAGCGUUUGCUCUGCUCUUCUGACCUGCAGCACAUGGACCCAGAAGCAGAGCUCCCUGCUCCUGGGUGAGAAAGGAGCCCUGCCUUGCCAAUGCCAAACAGCCACCCAUCUCUCGCGCUAAGAUGGAAAGACACCCACUUUUCAACCCCUGGGGCGUUGGCUUCACAAGAGUCUGUGUUUCUCAGUGUCUACCCUCGUGGCCUUUACUCCAGUGACAGCCAAGUUACGAUGCCGUGCGCAGUCACCGAAAGCGUCCUGCCCUUGG